GAUAAGAAAAGUAUUGUAGCCAUUAAUUAAUAAAUAAAAAUAAAUAAAUAAUAUACUCAGUAUUAAAAAGUCACUGAAACAAAAUGGAGCAACUAUCUGGUGUUAUGAUAAUCAUUAUAAUAGGAGGCGGAGUGCUGACUUUUGUGAUGCUUUUCAUCUUCGCCAAACGACAAAUUAUGCGUUUUACACUAAGAAGUCGACGCGGGCCACACGUACCCGUAGGUAAUGAUGCAAAGAAGACACUACGCAAAGAGAUUGAGCGUCGUUUAGAUUGCAUACAGAAAAUUGCACAAGAGCCGCGGUUACUAUGGGCAGAUGAUAAAUACAUUUUGCGUACGGAUCAGCCGUUACCACCUUAUUAUUAUCGCAUGAAAGCUGUUGACGAUGUAAAGAUUUUGGAAACAGAGAUAAUGCGUAGCGAUGGUAGCAUGCGACAUCCGUACGACAGUUUGCGAGCUUUUCUACUUACUACACUUGCUGCCACCACACUUAAUGGCUCGGGACAGCAACGCAUGAUACAUCAAUUUUGCGAUAUGUAUGAGCACGCCCGACACGAUCCUAAUGAAUUUGACAGUGAGGAAUAUGAAGCAUAUCAUCGUUUAUUACUCAAACUAAUUGAAGCCGCUAAACAAUUAAAAUCAUUAAUCAGUUCACGCAAAACAUCACCUGCACGCACACCAAAAAAACAAACAAAAAUGCAUUCCUUGUUGGACCCUGCGCGUUUGCGUCCACCUGCAACCACACCUAAAAUGCCAUCAAAUACUGGUUUAACCGUGGGGCAGCAAUCGAAAGUGAAUUUGACAUUAGGUUUACAAGGUCGUGACAUGGAUACUGUGGAUAUAGCACAUAAUCCCUUACAUUUGCAACCAUCAACCGAGCGCGAUAUUAUAAUACGCAAUCGCAUUAAAACCCCUACACUGGAUGAUGACGACGAUGAUGACAUUAAUAACUCAGGGGGAGACGAUGGUGGACUUAAUGACGCUGUGCGCAUAGAGGAUGUGGAAGGUGAAGAUAAUGAAGUGAUGAGCAUUUCAUCGGUACAAUUUCAACCUAAUUCAAGUGUUGUUUGAUUGAUUGAGUAUGCGGCGCGGGCACGUUACAUGACAAGUGCGUUGAGGCGUCUGCUACCAAAAUGAAUGAAAAACUGCAAAUCAAAGUGCAUAAACAGAAUGUUGGAGAARUAACACAAGUGUUAUAUGAGUGGUUUAAAAAAUUUUGUAUCAACCAAAUCAUCAGCACUUUAUGGUUUGAUUGCGUGCAACAGGAUGAUUUUCAUAUUAUCGACCUAAAUCAAAGGUUAAUUCGAAGUCUAUAUAAAAAAAAAGUAUAAAAGACUAAUAUUUUCAUUAAGUAUUAAUGAAGCUUAACCUUAAAUAAAAUAAUAUUCUAGGUAUAUUUAUAUGUAAUAUGUAAUAUUUUUUCCAAUAUAAGGUUUAUAAACUAGUAAGAUGUAUGUACGUCGCAAAUAGUGGCAAAAUUCAUUACACUGUGUGUUAUAAUAAAUAUUUAUCAGAAAGAUUA